UAUUCCACUUGUGGUUAUCUUAUUCCACUUGUGGUUAUCUUAUGACACGCGUCGUUGUCUUAUGGCACUUGUCGUUAUUUUAUGACAUUUGUCGUUAUUUUAUGACACUUGUCGUUAUCUUAUGGCACUUGUGGUUAUUUUAUACCACUUGUGGUUACCUUAUGCCACUUGUGGUUAUCUUAUCCCACUUGUGGUCAUCUUAUGACACUUGUGGUUAUGUUAUACCACUUAUGGACAGCAUAUUUGACGGCGAUAGAACGCUUGUCUAAUGAACAAAGCUUCACACCAGAUGCGCGACGUUACCUUCAAAACUGUACAGAUUAUCUUCAGAAUAAACGCCCGAAGACAACCUUUGAAGUAACGUACGAAACAUGUAAGCAACGUCACGAGGACAUGAUGCAGGAAAUGUCUGUGACCAGAGCCCAGCAUCGGGUGGAAAGGGAAGGGGAGUUGUUUGGGUCGGAGUUAGCUCAUAUUGGAAUAAACAAGCACAGGAGGCGUUUACGCCAAGAAAAUGCAGCAGCCACAAUGAUCGGCAAUAGCACCGUUACUACUAACACCAAUACCACUGAUGAGCUAAGUUUUGUUCGUUACAACAAAACGUAUAACCUGCAGUCACCCCAAAAUAAUAUACAAUCGCCCCAUAAACCUAAAUUACAUGAUGACGAUCUUACAUUGUUGAAAAACCAUGUUGCCGUUCGAGUUUCGUCAAGCAGGCCAGAACAGGAUAAUAUUACAGAGGGAAUAUAUCAGCUGCACAUGAAGGACUGUUGUAGUUGAAUUAUAAUGCGCAUAUACUUGGGACUUCUUUAUUUGAAGUUCCGAACCUGAUAUAUAUAUCAGGUUUUAACCUAUUUUAAUAAAGUUUAUCUUUUUUUUUUUGUUUCGUA